AUGGCAGCUUCUACACAACCUCCGACAAUUAUUAUCGACAACGGAACUGCCUUCUUGAAAGCUGGUCUCAGUGGGUUCCACAAGAUUCCUCGACUAUUCAAACGAAAGCUGUGGGACAACACAAUUCGAAGUUUGAAGCUUGACCCAAUCGAACAUCCUAUAUUACUCACAGAAAAUGAACUGAAUACAACAAAAGACCGUGAAGCAAUGGCAGAAAUUAUGUUUGAAGAAUUCAAUACGCCGGGAUUAUAUAUUGAAGACGAAGCCGCCCUUUCAUUACGUUGGUAUGGCCGAUCGACAGGUGUAGUUGUCGACUGCGGAGAUUGUUUCUCUUCAGUUGUUCUCUUUGAAAACGGCCGACGUUUACCAGAAUCGACAAUACUAACUUUUGGUGGUCGAGACGUAACUCGCCGCCUUAUGUCAUGUUUAGCCAAAAGCGGCUAUACACAGUUUACUUCGCCAGCCGAUGAAACAGCAGAAGCAGCAAGAAAAAUAAAAGAAGAGCACGGAUACGUAUCUAACGACUACUGCCAGGAAGUAGACCUUGUAUUUGAUCGUGAUCCUAGUCAAGUACAUUGUGAAGAGUUUCCCCGUCAGGUCAUCUAUAUUCGCCACGAGCUUUUCUCCUGCGCAGAAGGUCUGUUUCAGCCUAAGCUCUUUGAAAAACCUCAAGAUGGAAUCGUUCAUGCAACGUUCAGGGCAGUAGAGUCACAAGCCAUACCGAGGCAGAUCGAGCUACUCAAAUCCGUACUGCUUUGUGGUGGAAGCACGCUUUUCCCAACCUUCUUAGAGAGGUUUUGGGGAGACCUACUAAAACUUCAAAAAAUAGAAGCAAUCAAAGAUGUGAAAGUUCUUGCCAAAAAGAAUCGUGAAUACAGUGCUUGGCUAGGUGCAAAUGCUUUAGCAUGUACGGACACGUUCCAUGACAAACUUCUUGUCAGCAAAUGCAGGUAUAUAGAAGAAGGCAUGUUUGUUUUUGAGAAGAAGAAAACGACUGCAUCUUUGUUUGACUUUUCUACCGGACUAGCUAAAUAA